GCUCAGCCGGGUCCCGCCUAUUCUCCUCUCCCUGGGGCCUUGCGGCUGGUCUCGGCCGCUUUAAAUACCAGGAAGUCGGUCAAUUGCUUUGCCACCGGCGGCUGCGAGACGGUGGCUCGGAUGGGACAAUCGCCAGGGAUGGCGGAGCGUGAGGAUGGAGCGGGUGUUCGGGCUGCUCUCCUGGACGCUGAGCAGGGUCCUGGGGCUCCCGGGCCUCUUUGAACAGGGAGCUGCGCGGCAGCCCCGGAUCAUGGAAGAGAAAGCGCUCGAGGUGUACGAUUUGAUUCGAACGAUCCGGGACCCAGAGAAGCCCAAUACUUUAGAAGAACUGGAAGUUGUAACAGAGAGCUGCGUGGAGGUUCAGGAGCUAAGUGAAGACGACUAUCUGGUUAUUAUCAGGUUCACGCCAACGGUACCUCAUUGUUCUCUGGCUACUCUCAUUGGACUGUGCUUAAGAGUAAAACUUCAACGAUGUUUACCUUUUAAACAUAAGUUGGAAAUCUACAUUUCUGAAGGAACCCACUCUACAGAAGAAGAUAUCAACAAGCAGAUAAACGACAAGGAGCGGGUGGCGGCCGCCAUGGAGAACCCCAGCUUACGGGAGAUCGUGGAACAGUGUGUCCUGGAGCCUGACUAACCUUGUCUUAAGAGCCAGAGCCACAGAACUGUUGUUUGAUGCAUUUGUUUAAACUCUGUAAGAUGUCAAAGACUCAUGUUUAAUACGUAGGUGAUAUGUACCUCAAAGCAUUUUUUUUUUUUUUUCAAAAAAAGGAUUAUUUCCCAGCAAGAUUUAAUGACAAGGUAGCAAGCUAGUUUGUUCAGUGUCUAACAUUCUCAGGAUUUAUAACCCUCAGACGCUCAGACAGGAAACUUUUCUAGUCAUUAUGUGUAAGAUGAGUCGCUGUUUUUCUGAUGCCUCUUCUGAUACAAUUGCUUCUCAUGUCAAAUAUUUACCAUGCCCCGGAAGUAUUCAGUUUAAAAUCCUUACUCUAAACGAAAUAAAGCAGAGGUGAUUCUUAUGA